UCUCUUUCUCUCUCAAAAGAACAACACUGUCUUGUAAAUUGAGAAAGGAAAGAUUGGAUAUUGUUGUUUCCUUCCUUGGAUAUAUCUCCCAAUCAGUCGUCUCUUCCGAUCGUCAUUUCUCUCUCCAUACGAAAUCCAAGAACUUAUCUAAAGCUAUAUAUAUAUAUAAUUCUCUUUUGUCUCUCUGCACUUUGUGCUAGCUGCCCAAUCCAUUCACUAAGUUCUCUUCUUCUUCUUUCAUACUUGUUCAUCGACUGAAUCCGUAAUAAUGGACUCCGUUGAGUUAAAGAAGGAAGUGUUCGGCUCCAAAGACGCAAGUUCCCUGGUUGAUAAGCUUAGAGCCACGUUCGCCGGCGGGAAAACAAAGAUCUACGAAUGGAGAGUCGCCCAACUCAAGUGCUUGAUGAAAAUGAUCAAUGAUCAUGAAACCGAUAUCAUCGAUGCUCUACGCUCCGACCUUUCCAAACCUGUAACUGAGGCCUUCGUAUCCGAGCUUGCCAUGGUGAAAUCCUCCAUUGAUUUCACACUCAAAGGACUAAAACAUUGGAUGAAGUCUGAGAAGGUAAAAAGCACAAUAACUACGUUUCCUUCAUCAGCAGAAAUAAUGCCAGAACCACUUGGGGUUGUAUUGGUGAUAUCGGCAUGGAAUUAUCCUUUUUAUCUAUCUCUUGAUCCCGUCAUUGGAGCAAUUUCAGCCGGAAAUGCUGUGGUUUUGAAGCCCUCGGAGAUUUCUCCCUCAACAUCCUCACUGUUUGCAAAGUUGUUGCCAGAAUAUAUCGAUACAACUGCCAUUCAAGUUGUUGAGGGUGGUGUUCCUGAAACUUCAGCCUUACUGGAGCAAAGAUGGGAUAAGAUAUUCUAUACAGGCAAUGGAAAGGUGGCUCGUGUUGUGAUGACAGCUGCUGCAAAGUAUCUUACACCUGUUACACUGGAACUUGGAGGAAAAUGUCCCGUUUUCAUUGAUUCAGAUGUUAAUUUGAAAGUAACAACAAGGAGGCUUAUUGGAGGAAAAUGGGGAUUAAACAAUGGGCAAGCAUGCAUUUCUGCUGAUCAUGUUAUAACAACAAAAGAUUUUGCUCCAAAGUUGAUAGAGUCUUUGAAGCAUGAGUUGGAGAAAUUCUUCGGAAAGGACCCAAUGGAAUCUGAAGACAUAUCACGUAUAGUGAACCUUAACCACUUUCAUCGCCUAAAAAAGCUAUUGGAUGAUGAUAAACUUUCAGGAAAGAUAGUUCAUGGAGGCCAAACUGAUGAAAAAAAAUUGAAGAUCGCUCCGACCAUAUUACUUGAUGUACCCGACGACGCUCUCGUAAUGAAUGAAGAGAUAUUCGGUCCUUUGCUUCCCAUAGUUACGGUUGAGACGCUGGAACAGGGCUUUGAGGCUUUGAGGUCGAAGGAGAAACCACUAGCAGCUUAUUUAUUUACCAAUAACAAGAAGCUUAAAGAGGAGUUUCUUACAAAAGUUUCAGCUGGGGGUUUGCUCAUCAAUGAUAUUGCUCUUCAUCUUGCAAAUCCUUACCUACCCUUUGGAGGAGUUGGAGAAAGUGGAAUUGGUGGUUAUCAUGGAAAAUUCUCUUUUGAUACUUUCAGCCAUAAGAAGGCUGUUUUGAGCCGAAGUUUCAUAGGUGAUGCAUCGGCUAGAUAUCCACCCUACACACCUGGGAAGCUUAAAUUACUAAGAGCUCUACUAAGUGGAAGUUUUAUCGGCAUUAUUCGUGCUUUGUUUGGGCUGUGAAAAGCUUGAUUUACGGGUAUUUCUCUAGAUUUGUGGUUUAAGUUUGAUAUAUCAUUUGCAAUUGUGCCUUUUAUGUUAUAUAUAGUUAAGUUAUGACUUGUAACUGUUGCAUUCAUAUAUUAUUUCCUCUUUGUAUUUAGAAAAUCAAAUCAAUUUGAAUUUAUAUUUGUUUCAAGGA